ACCUCUAGUCAUUGGUCGGAGGGCUACACGUCGCUCUGUGAUUGGAUGGCACAAAUGUCAAUCACGAUUUCAACAAGUUUGUGUGCACAACAUAAGCGACCUGGGUUUGUUAUGGACUUGAGUCAUAUCUCUAAAACAGACUGGAUGUGACCCUGUGACCCCUGGUUGCCAGGGAGCGAGCAGUGGGGCCAUGGCUGCUGGGGCUACGGUCGGGGAGAGCCAACUCCAGAGGAUUAUCCGAGAUCUGCAUGAGGCUGUUGCAGAGCUCGCAAAGGAGUUCAGGGAAAGUGGGGAGCCAAUCACAGAUGACAGUACCAACCUGCACAAAUUCUCCUACAAACUGGAGUACCUGCUACAGUUCGACCAGAAGGAGAAGACCACAUUUCUUGGUACAAAGAAGGAUUAUUGGGAAUACUUCACUGAGUGUCUGGCUAAAAUCAAAGGAGCCAAUGAUGGGAUCCGCUUUGUUAAAUCCAUCACUGAGCUGAAAACAUCUUUGGGGAAAGGACGAGCGUUUAUCCGUUACUCCCUGGUACAUCAGCGACUGGCUGACACCCUGCAGCAGUGCCUGAUGAACAUGAGAGUCACCAGUGACUGGUACUAUGCAAGAAGCCCCUUCUUGAAGCCCCACCUUAGUGUUGACAUAAUCAAUCACCUGUAUGAACUCAAUGAGGUCCAGUUUGAUGUGGCCUCCAGAGGUCACGAUCUUGAUGCCUCCUGGCCCACUUUUGCAAGGAGGACACUGGGAAACUCACCUGGCCACAUGUGGAAACCACCCAGUCGCAGUUCCAGUAUUAACAGUCUGGCCAGCACCUACUCCCAGCAAGCACAUGAGUUCCCCUCCAGCCCUGACUAUGGUCAGAGUCUGUUGAAUGACCUCAACGAGUCUCUACCUGCCUGCACCGAAGAUGCCAGCACAGUUGAAGACCUUCGCCUGGAGCUGGACCAGUCGGAGCUGAAGCAGCGAGAGCUCCUAGAUAAGGUGCAGCAGCUGGACGAGGAGUCUGCUGAGCUCAGGGGCGUAGUCGUGCAGCUCCAGAGGCAGCUGGAUGUGUCCCUUGCUGCCCAAGAGGAGCAACAGGACUUGCAGGGAAAUCUCAGGGCUCUGAAGGGAAGAGAAGAGGCCCUGUCCAGAGAGGUGGAAGCACUCAGGAAUGGGGAAAAAGCCAGAGAGGCUGAACAACAACUGCUCCAGGAAAAGUUGGCGGCUGCUGAGGGGAAGAACAUAGAGUUCCUGGCCAAGUUGGACGGGGUCCUGAAUGAGAAGGGCCUGCAAGCAACCAGUUACUUUGAUUCAGCUCAAAAGAUACACGAGUUGCUGGACAGAUUGAAAGAGGCAGAGAGAGGGAAGAUGGAAGCUGUAGCUGAGGCAGAGGAGAAGAAGAGACAAGCAGAGAGGCUAGAGGACGAGCUAAGAGUCAAGGAGACAGCUGCAAAGCACGGCGAAACAAAACUCGGAGCGUUAGUUACAUCUGCGUCUGAGGAGAAGGCCAGGUUGGAGGCGAAAGUGGAGGAACAGUGCAGUGCCCUCGAUAAGCUGCAGGGGGCCUUGACGGUGAAAGAGAAGGAGGCGAGCAACCUACAAAGGCAACUGCAGGACCUCCAAAGAUCUCUAGAGGAGAAGGAGAAAGAGGUGCAGGAGGUGAAAAGACGUGCACACCAAGAUAAAGAUGAAAUGCAGAAGAGUGCUGGUGGUUUAAAAAAGUCUUUAGAAGCAGAAAUCACUGCCCUUAAGGAGCAGCUAAAGAAGAAAGAGGCAGAGCUUACCUCCAGCUGCAAGACACUACAACAGCUAGAAGCCAAGAACCAAAGCCUGACCACAGAGAGGGACAAACUGACCACUAACAUUGUUGAGCUGGAGGGUGACCUCCAAGAACAAGCCUCAAAGAUGGAAGACUACAAGACGCAGUGCGCCAAUUUAAUGGAGCUAAAUACGAAGCUGCUGACCACAGUGAAGAGAACCGAGGAGCUGAAGAAGGAGAUGGCAGAAAACAGAACUGUGCUUGAAGCUGAAUUAGCAGCUCUAAGAGCUUCUGAGAAACAGCUUCGCGGCCAGCUGGAUGACACCAAGAUGACAGUGGAUGAAAAAGAGAAGAGCUUGCGUGAGGAGAACCGCAAGCUGGAUGAGAGUCUGCAGCGAGCCACCAUGGCUGCAAACCUCUCAGAGGCCUCGUCAAAGCGGCUGGAGCAGGAGAACCAGACUCUGAGAGAGGAGCAGGACACUGUGAAAUCAGCUCUCAGCCGCAUGCAAGCUGACCUGAAGAGUGUUCACGGGCAGAUCGGAGAGUUGGAGAAGAACUUAGGAGCAUCGCGUAAGCAUGAAGCAAGCCUUAAAGAAGACCUCCAAGCCAAAGAGACCCAGCUAGAAAGUAAAGAGAAGAACCUUGUUGAGCUUCAGUCCAGGUUAGAAUCUCUUGAGGCCAGGGAGAAGGAGCUUGAGAUGGCCAAAGCUGAUGCAGAAGCCGCUUGUGCUAAACAGAUAGAAAUGAUUGAAAGGGUUUUCUCUGAGAAGCAGGCGAUGGAGAAAUCCCAGCUGGAGAGGAGCGCGGUCCAAGCAAAGGAGAACCAGGAAGUCACGGGCAAACUUGAAGGCCAGAUGGAGGUGUGCAUGAAAGAAGUGUCCAGGCUACAGGCAGAGAUCCUGGACCUCAGGGUGCGUGUGCAGAGGUCUGAGGAGGAAAAGCUAAAAUCGCAAGCACAGCUGGAGGUGACGGCGGCCCAAAGAGAUGAGCUCAGGACUCUGACCGAGCAUCUUAAAGCCCAGACGGAGGCACUGAAUCAAAGGCAUGUAAGAGAGCUUUUGGAGUGCAAAAAGAAAGAAGAGGCUCUGAUUGAACAGCGCGAUAGUGAAGUAGCCGCCCAUGCCGAGCUGUCGAUCUCUGCGGCUGCCAUCCGAGAAGAGCUGUCCACCCUCAAGGCAGCAAAUAGCAGGCUAGCCUCAGAGAGCAACGAGACACGUGAGGGUCUACACAGGGCGAACACAGAGAUGGCGGAGCUUGGGAUGACCAUCUGUAAGUUAGGUGCAGAAAAGGAGGAGGCCAGAGAGCACUGGGCAGGAGACGCUGCCAGGAAUAAAGAAAUGGAGAAAGAGGUAGAACGACUAGAAGAGAGCAUGGCAGAACUACAGCUGGAGAAUACCAAACUAAGAGAGGAGCUGACACAUAAGGAGAAACUUCCAGAGACUAUCACAGAGCUCCAGGAGCAGCUGAACAAGGCCAAGAACCAAAUGCAGAGCGUCAAGGACACUAGUCGAGAGGAGAUGGAGGCCACCAAGUUCCAUAUGAGCUCGGAGAGCAUGAAUCAUCAGGUCCAGAUGAAGAGUGUGAACGAGCAGCUGGACAAGAUGAAAGCCGCGCUGCAGGAGGAGCUGAAUAACGUGUCCAGCUUGCAGGCCAAAGUGUCUGAACUAGAGGCUGUGAAUGAGCAGUACUUGCAGCUAACGGGCGAGAAAGACGCUCACAUCACAAAAACAGAAACAACCAUUCGUGAGAGUGACGGCGAGAUUCAGCAACUGACAGAUGCAGUAACCAGAGCUGAAGAAGCACACUCGGCUGUGCAUAAGGUCUGCGAGGAAUUGAAGCAGAAACUCAACACCACUGAGGCUGACAAAGAAAGCCAGAGCAUGAAGAUGACUGCAGAGAUCGAUGACCUCAACAGAACCAAGACCAACCUUGAAGAACGGCUCAUUGAGCUUAUAAGGGACAAAGAUGCUCUGUGGCAGAAGUCGGACGCUCUGGAGUUUGAGCAGAGACUGCGAGCGGAUGAACGUUGGUGGUUAGUGGAUAAGGAGGCCACGAACUGCCUCGGCUGCCAGGGCCAGUUCACCUGGUUCCUGCGCAGACAUCACUGCAGGCUUUGUGGUCGCAUCUUCUGCUACUACUGCAGCAACAACUUUGUGAUGACCAAGUACAGUGGGAAGAAGGAGCGCUGCUGCAGGGACUGUUACACCGAACACAGCGCGGUGGUGGAGAGGUUCACAGAGGCGGAGCUGAGUCCGUCAGACGUUCCGCCUCCUCCACCGGGAGCUGGACCUCAUCCACCUCUUGAACCAGCCCCGUAUAAACCAACUCCCAGGGUAACAGUUUCAGACCCCACCAACAGGUCUGACGACGGAGUAUUUGACAUAAUCACAGAAGAGGAAGUGAAUGGCGUCUACGACAGUGACGCCACCUCUCAGACUACAGGAGGCUCCCUGGAGGGAGAACAAGACCGACGGCCUCCAGGAGCACUGGAUAUAGGCACAGGAGAUGUGACCCCAGAUGACCCAGAAGAGCACGUUCCCACUGUUCAGGAUUCAGAAAUCAACCUUCUCAAAUCAGGAGAAGUCACGAUGGCUGUCCCUCUCAGCAUUGACGACAUUUCUCAGUUUGGUGACGGUUCCAGGGAACUCUUCAUCAAGUCCAGCUGUUACAGUGUGAUAACCGUUGCCGUGGGUGACUGUGGGCCAAGCAUCAGCUGGGUGUUUUCCUCAGAGCCUAAGAGCAUCUCCUUUAGUGUGGUUUACAGGGAAUCCACCGACACUCAUGUGGAGCAGUCAAAGGUCCUGAUUCCUCUGACUCGCUGCAAUUCCCAUAAAGAGACAAUUCAGGGACAGCUGAAAGUCCGAAACCCCGGCUUCUACACACUCAUCUUUGACAACUCCUUCUCACGGUUUAUCUCCAAGAAAGUCUUCUACCAUCUGACCAUGGAGAGGCCCAUAAUCUAUGAUGGAAGCGACUUCCCCUGAAGCUGGACGGCUCCCACGGAGGGCAUCAGCACGAUGUCACAAACACGUCAGCAUGAUGUCACUGUGGCAGCUGAGGGGGGGCUGAAGAGAUGGCAAAUUCAAUGACUGUGUUCUUUUUUUGCUUUUUUGUUCCCAAAACCUGUUUUUACCCAAGUAUUUUAUGUUUUCUGCUUUAUUUAAGUCUGUGGUGUUAAUGUUUUGAGGAGCGCUAAGUGAAGUGUUUUCAGCAAGAUGAAAACGGUUUUAGGUAGAAAUGGAAAGACAAAUGUUUAUGCAAGUUUUAUCAUAUUUUUUUUUUUUCAAAUAUACACCAAGUAAUAGUUCAGCUAGGUUUUUAUUGGUAAGUUGUUCCCUUUGAGAAAUUGUGUGAUUUUGUUAUUACUUUUUUUAAUUGUUGUUGGUCUUAUUUUCUUUUCCCAAAUAUGCUGUUACGUUAGGGAAUGCAAGUAACACUAGCAGUAUGAAAUACGAUAAAAGACUGUUGUCGGACGACAAGUAUUUAUUUGCAAAAGUAGUCUACGAAGACCCAGGAAAAUUUUAAAAAUGUACCAAGUCAUGGUCAGUUGAUGUGCAAUCUUUUAAAUCAAAGCUCUCGAAGCAGAACGGUGCAGACAAGUGGUUUGCUCCUAGCUUGUUUUAUUAAUUGACAUAUCUGAAUACUAUGUUUGCACUUUGCUAGCACAGGAAGGAAAAAAAGCAGCAACUAGUAACUGGCCUGGAAAAAUACAAAGCAAUAUGAACUUUGUGCAAAUCUCAGGAGUGGGACAUAAAAUUGUCCUCCAGUGGUAGCAUGUCCUAAUUCUGUGUUUUUGGAAAAACUGCCAUCUUACUUUCUGUGUACGGAGACUAUAAACCAGCUUUCUCCAUCUAGUUUAUAGGAUCUAAUGAAGCAGAGUGCCUGUACCUACACAGGCUGACAUGUGUAAAUACAAUGACCUUCAUAUAAAGUAUAUUAAUGACUGUCAGCUUAUGAGCUACUGUACUUUUAAAGUGCCUAUUAACUCUGAUUGCCAGGGAUUAGUCUGCUUUUAUAUUAUUUUACUCCUUGUUAUCCGUACAGAAUAGGACAGUUGGUAAGAGUUGAUACUAUUCUGCAAAAAAGUCACUACAAGUGACAUUUAAAUCACAAUAUGCACAAUAUCGUGUUUCAGUUUUAUCAGUUGAAAUGAUUUUUCAGUUUGGAUUUCAGUUGUUUAGAUAACUGCACUGUACUCUCAGUGGUCAUAUGCAGUGUUGUGUGCUGUUUAUUGUUUCUUUUAUAGCAAAGCAAUAAGGAAAAAAACGGGCUUCGCUCACUUUUGGACACAACCAAACACUACUUAAUGAAGUAAGGGCUUAUCUCUAUGCUGCUUUUAUAGAGAUCUGUUUACGCUUCGUAGUCAUAUCUCUUUGAUAUAUUUUUGACGGGUGUAAAUCGGUGCAAUUUCUAUGCAAAAGCUCAUAUUUUCUCUCCAGAGCUGCACUUUGUGAUGAUGAUUUUAUAAAUUGUUACAAUAUUAAAUCUGUAAAGUUUACAUAAUCUGUGUCAAAGUGUUCACGCAGGGACAGAUUUUUCUACUUGCUGUUUUCGAAGGAUCAUUUUGGAGGAGUAGAAUGUGCAUGAAUCAUGACUACGAGCACUCAGUGUGACUAGUAAUAGACCUGUCAAAAUUCCCAGGAAACAUGAAUAAAACGCGGGAGUGAUGAUGCCUCCGACUUCCACUAA